CUUCCUGUUAUGACUCUCGGAGAUGCGGCAGCCUGGCCCAAAUAUUUUCAGAGAUAACCACUGAUAAGUGGACAGUCGGACAGUGUACGCGUCAAAGAACACAUACACAUGAUAAACCUCGACCUCUGCUUCAUUGAAACAACGAGCGAAAGAAAACAAAAUGGCAGAUCAAAGCACUGUUCAAAUUCAAACCGAGGAAAUUCGAAUGAAGAAGAGUAUGAACUUAUUACAUUGUGUGGCUGUGCUGGUAGCUGUAACUGGACACAUUUCUAUAUUUAUUUCCCCCGGUGUAAUAUUUUCAGCUGCUGGAUCUAUCGGGUUGACGAUCAUUGAGUGGAUUUGCGCUGGCUUGUUAAAUAUCGGAGUUUGUUUAUGCUUCGUUGAGCUUGCAACUGUAUUCCCAUCCGCAGGUGGUCCGUAUGCUUAUGUAACUAAUGUUUUUGGUGGUCUGUCGGGCUUUGUCAUCAUGUGGGGGUAUAUAAUUUUGAUUGUCGGGCCAUUUUGGGCUUAUCUCACAUACACAGCAUCUGUGUAUAUCCUGGAGCCGUUUUUCCGCAUUGAUUGCCACCCUCCUGCUCUUGCAGUUAAGUUCCUGGGAGCGUGGAUAUUAUCUACGUUGGUUGUAUUGAACUGUAUCUACAUGAAGUAUGUGACCAAGGUACGGACUGUUCUUACAGCGAGUAAGGUGGUGUGCCUGAUACUGAUCAUAGUGCUGGGAGCUGUGGUACUUGGCAGAGGACAUGAAACAAAGAGCAACUUUGAGGACGUGUUCGAAAAUACCCCGUCGGAGGCCGGCCCUGUAGCUUUGGGGAUCUUCUACUCUCUCUUUGUCUAUGGUGGCUGGCAGAUUGUGUGUGGGCUGAUGGAGGAGGUCAAAGAGCCGGCCAGGGAUAUUCCACGUGCUGUGUACAUCUCUUUCACAAUUGUCAUCAUCCAAUAUGUUCUCGUCAACAUCUCGUAUUUUCUCGUUCUUACACCUGCUCAAUUCCUAUCAUCAAACGCCGUAGCUAUUAUUUUUACACAAGUGCACUUUCCUUACCUUACCCCUGUGAUGUCUAUUUUGGUCGGGAUGUCAGCUGUCGGGGUCCUGAACGCUUCCAUAAUGGGACACUCCCGACUUAUAUUCGCUGGUGCUAGGAACGGCCACGCCCCGCCCGUGUUUGGAAUGCUCCACGUGCGAUAUUUAACUCCAUGGCCAGCUAUUAUCAUUAAGGCAGUAUGGAGUUCAGUGAUGCUUUUCUCAGGCAGCGUUAAAAUCUUCAUGCAGUUUAUCCAGGCGUUCUCCAGUGUAAUGACACUGUUUGUCGUCUCCGCUCUACUUUAUCUUCGAUGGAGUCAACCACAGCUAAAACGGCCGUACAAGACACAUCUGUUGAAUGCUGUGUUUGUCUGUAUCUAUCAGACCGUGGUCCUAUUGUUUGCUCUGUACCAGGAACCACAGAGGAUAGGUCUCGCUCUGCUAAUCAUAGCGGCUGGCAUUCCCGUAUACUGGGUUGGGGUUUUGUGGAACUCCAAACCCGAGGCAUAUAAACUAUUGAACAAAAAAGUAACUCUAGGUCUACAGAAAAGUUUUCUUCUCAGCAAAACAUCAUAAGUAUGGCAAACCAGGUAUAUAAGUGCUUCCAGGAAUCAUAGAUAUAUUCUCCGCCAGAAUUCAUAAUGAUAUAUAUGAUGUUUAUCUUAAACAUGCCUUGCUAUAUUCGCAUGAUAUAAAUUGUUCAGUAAAACCACACAAAAAAAAAAACACAUUGGAAGGUUGUAAAGUAAAAUGAACUUAAAGAACGAGUGCACUUAAGCUAUAGAUAAUGGGCCCUUUUUCAGUGCCGUUUUUUUUUUGUAGAAAAUAUCAACAAAUUGCUUUUUUCGUAAUAUUUAAGCACUGAUAGAUACUUCUGAAUUAAGCACUGAUGGAUACUUCUGAAUUAAAUACACGCUUAACUUUGUAAACAUUAACAUACAUUUAAAACAAUUGGGAAUUUUUAAAUGCCUAUAGUUGAUCUAAAUCCGAAAAAUCGUACCGAACCUAUUUGAAUUGUGUAAAUUGAAAUCAGAGGGCGAAAACAUUUAAAUCGACAUUAUUCUGUUGGUCGAUCGAUUUGCGCGUUUGCUGAAUUUAUGCGUUAUUUUAUGUCUGAAAAAAUGAAUCGAAUAAACUCUGAAGUUGCAAAUUACAUGUACAUUACAUGUACAGUAUCAGUGUUCAAAAAAACAUUCCUGACCAUACAAAAGUCGAUGGAAGGCGAUUUAAAACGUGCCAGUGUUUUAAAGUGAGAACAUUUGACAAACUUAUACCUGGAUAGAACCCACGUGACUAUUUAUUCCAUACGUGGGUUCAACAUUUUUCACGCAGGUAAUAACUCUCGCUUGCUAUAGGAAAACCCCUGAAAUGUUCAUACAUUUUUCAUUUCUUAAGUACCAGUCUAAUAUUGUACAAACUUCUUAUUUUCUCAGGAGUUGUUUAGAUGUAUAAUGCGUCUUAUGUCUCUUCCAUAAGCUUGUACACGGUUAGGCUGACAGUAAACAACGGCUUUGAAAUGAAUGCCUGUCCUCGAUUUACUGUAUAAAAUAAAAAUAUCGGCUGACCCCUGCUAUAUUGUAAAGCUUAGUACUUUUUAUAUAUACUAGAUUCAGCGCUCAAUCUUGUCAAUAGAUGAUGGAAGAUAAAAAAAACUUUGCUUAAUUUGAACCCCCCUCCCCACUUUCUACAGUGGACCAUAAGUGAACUCGUUCUUUAUAGGGAACCAGUGCACAUGUAAAUUUUGCAAUUUUUAACCAAAAUACGUUUAAAAAUAUUUUGGAAAGAUAAAAAUUAAAAAAAAAACCAAAGCGGGAUUCGAAUUCAUGACUUACUGAUUCGUAUAGAACCUUCUAACCCACUGCGCUACGCUGUUUUUCCUCCAGAACAACUAAAUAUUUUAAGAAUAUUAAUAUCACAAAUGAAGAAAAUAAAUACAGUUGAACUUCAAUAUCUCGAACACUGAUACAUCGAAUACAAUGGAUAUGUCGAAGUGAUUUGUAAGUCCCAACAACUUAUUUUUUAAGUGUUUUACUCUCGAUAUCUCGAAUACUCGGAUAUCUCAAUGUUUUUAAACAGCCCCAACUAGUUCGGGAAUAACGAAGUUUGACUGUAUUAGGAUAAAUGAUACUUCAUAUGUCUUAUAGAAAGCAUCUAAGUCUUCAAAUAUACAUGUAUAUAUUUAAUAUGAUUGAAUAUUAUAUAUAAUAUAUAUAUUCUGCAAUUGUGGAUUUAAUGUUAUGAAAUGCUUUCUACCUUUUUGAAUAGUCUAAAUUUUAUAAAAAUGUAUAAUCAUUUUUUAUUACAAAACAUCACUAUUAUAUUUCAUGAACAUUUUUCCCCAUCAUGACAUUUAUUUUAUACCUGCUUCCUAUAGUUUUUAAUGUUUUAACAGAUUUAUUUAUGAAUCUGUACUUACUCGAGUUUUAAAGAAUUCUCAAUAUUUUUUCUCGUCUUUUGUACCUCGCUGAUACCUGCAUUUAAGUGAAAAAAUGUCAAUGGCAUUUCAUUAGUUGUGUUCGAAAUAUUGAUAUUGCGAUAAUUAAUGAGGCUAGGUGGGCGUCACAAUUCUAUGGUAUUUUUUCUACCUCAGAACAGAAAAGGGUGGGUAAAUUUUAACUAAUUGAUCUAGACCUCAACAGUCAUUUUACAGAAUACGGGUGUUAUCAUUAUAAUUGUGAUUUCUGAAAUAAAAUGAAAUUUAAAGGUUUAUAGGAGCAUGACCACGGUUUUGGGUCAAAAUUUAUUUUUCAGUUUUUAAUGUUAACAGUGCUUCAUUAAGGCAUUUGUAAUUGUAAAAAACAAAUAAAUAGUGUCAGCCUUUAAGUUAAAAGCGUGAUACAGAGCUCACAAUUCUUUGUUAUGUAAACAAAACUCAGGUCAUUUUUUUUUUAAUAUUGAUUAUAAUUUUAUGUUGAAAAGAAUAUUCCAGGUUUAUACCUAAAAUGAAUGUGACAAGCGCUAGAGCCUGUUCAACCUGUUAUGUUCAAAACGAAUAAGCACAUAGAAAAAUCAGCUUAAAAAAAUUUUGCCGGUAUUUUGAACCAGUGUUAACAAAAACAUGACACGAGCCUUGUUUACAUACAUGUACAUGCAGCACAAAAUUAUGAGCUCUGUAUCUUGCUUAUAACUCUACGACUGACACUCAAAUUUUGGUUGAUCAUUAGAUAUACUAUAUUAUAAUACUUUCAUGUUAAAUACUGAAAUCUGAUUGGUUAAGACGCAGUUGAUAAUCCAUUCUAUAACCCUUAGCGUUAGCAAGACACUUGGCAACGGGUAACACAACAAAUUGUUACAUGCGCGUAAAUUAUGCGCGUACGGUUCGCCAUAGAAUUCACAUCAUUCCAAUAUAAAAGCAAUACAGUUUUCUUUGAAAUUAAGACAUUCAGUAUAAUAAAAUAAAUAGUGCCUGUUUUGGAGGGUAAGAGUUGAAAUUAACACCCCUCAAAAACCAGGCACUAUUUAUAUACUAAAGCAUUGUGAACAAUAAGAAUUAAAAAAUAAAAUGUGACCAAUAUUGUGACCAUGCCCCUUUAAGGACCCCUUCAUCUUUGGAAAAAAAGCUUGACAAACCGAUCCAAACUUAUACAUGUACCAGUAUCUCUCUUAAAGGGGCAUGGUCAUGAUUUUAGUCAAAUUCUAUUUUCCUGUUGUUAUUUUUUACAAUACUUCAGGGGUGCAUUUCUAAUGAUCAAAUUAAAUUUAAGAGUCAGUCUUUGAGUUUUAAGCAAGAUACAAAGCUCACAAAUUUGUGUCAUGUAAACAAGGCCCUGUUUUUGUUUACAUAGGUUCAAUAUACCAAUAAAAAUCUUUUUCAAGCUGAUUUUUCUAUCUUAUUAUUCAUUUUAAGCCUAGAUAAACAGUUCCUAACGUACAUUCAUAUUCAUUUUAGGUCUAGAAUUAGAAUUUUCACUUCAACAUUCAAAAUGUAAACAAAAGCCUUUUUACAUGGCAAAGAUUGUAACUCAACAAAUGACACCCAAAUUUUGGUUGCCUAUUAAGAAUACCCAGCUGAAGCAUUGUAAACAUUAACAUCGGAAAAUUAAUUUUUGACCAAAAUCGUGACCAUGCCCCUUUAAAGAUGUUGUAUUUAAAUAGCGUUCGGCUUGAAAAUGAACUAUUAAUAAUUUAACUCAGGACCUAUGUGCAAAAACGGGAACACGCCGAUCGAGGCUAUAUCCACUACGUUAGAAAUAAAUGCACUUUAAAAUUACUUUCACAAUGGAUUAAAAUCGUCAUGUUUUGACGUUAUUUUAAAGAAAGUAGAGAUCACGCGGUGUGGUGGACCAAUUGAAUGCAUGGAUCUGAUGGUUGAUCAAUCAGUCUCAUUCGUUUGAAUUUUACGACAUGUUCACUGAUUUUAAUUGAUUUUACAAUGUAUGUAAAACUAUAUCAAUUAUACAGCUUGUUCACUGUUUUUUAUUUUAAAAUGUAUGUAAAAUUUUAUCAAUCAUAUUAAUACAUAUCAUAUUACCAAGGACUGUUUAUACCUCAUAGUGCUUUGUUGAAUAUAAAAUGAAUAAAUCUUGCACUUGCUUUA